AAAUCUGUUCUUUCUAGCGUCUCUCAUUAUCAACUUUUCUCUCCAAAAUUUUCUUCGAAGAUGAACAACCAGGCGGAGAAUGUCCCAGUUCAACCAAACUUUGACGGUGGCGACCUCGGAGCCGAAUUUUCUCAGACGGUCCCCGUAACGGGAGACCGGCGAUUUCCAGAUAGGGAAGGCUGCUUUUCAGGAGAUAAAGGCCGUGAAAGAGACGGCGACCGGGUCCAACUGAGCACUCGUGGGAGAGGACGACGUGACAGAGUGGCUUGGCAGAACAAGCAGCAGGGAUCCUUGUUCACCGGCGAAGGGCAGGAACAGGCGCCCGUUGGCGAUGUUGCCUCGGGAGGAUUCGAAGCUCACGAGGAGAGUGAGCAAUGAAGCAAACCCUCGCUUGCAAUUUUUCCCAUCCUUACAGGCCUCCUCUGUUCUAUACCUACCAAGAAUCGAAGGAGAAAACGAUCGGAGAGAUUUUUCCGAGAGAGAACCCUAGGAUUUGGGGUUUCCUUUAGUUUUUGAUUUGGGAAUUGAGAUUAUACAACGCUGCUGAGUAAUGAGUUUGACUCAAAUCCUAGUUCAGAUUGUAUUUGGUCUUUACUCUUUCUAUAUAUAUAUUCAACGGUUUCUGAGUUUUUACUUAAAAGAUCAAAUAAGGUCAUUCUUUCUUCCCUUAAAAUCUGUCUGGUACCCCACCAGCAGAACUUGAGGUGGAGUAAUUAAGUUUGGUAGCUGCA